AAGUAGACGAGAGAGGCGUUGGUAGGGCUGGAGAAGACGGAGCCCCCCUCAUGGCGCGGUUCCCGGCUGACCUCUUGCGGCAGGGCUGCGCGCCCUCCCACGACGCCGCCGCCGCCCACGUCCGGGGCCUGGUCGCCCUCCUCCUGAGGCACCAGGCGGAGAGGCGCCCGCUCCUCCAGAUCCACGCCCAGCUCGUUGCCCGCCAGGUGUUCGAUCGCCGUCCCACGCCCUGGCACGCGCUCCUCAAGGCCUACUCCCGCGGCCCUCUCCCCCAGGAGGCCCUGAGCCUCUUCAGGGACGCGCGCCGGCACGCGGCCGACGACACCUACGCCUUCGUGCACGCCCUCGGGGCCUGCGCGGCCCUGGCGUGGCCGCGGGCCGGCGCGCAGCUGCACGGGCUCGCCGUCCGCAAGGGGUUCGAGUUCCACGCCUACGUGCAUACCGCCCUUGUCAACGCAUAUGUCGUGUGCGGGUGCCUGGCGGAUGCUCGGAUUGCGUUCGAGGAGAUGCCGGCGAAGAAUGCGGUUACUUGGAACGUGGUGAUCACCGGGUUUGCUGCGCGGGGCGAGGUUGAGUACGCGAGGCUGCUCUUUGAGCGGAUGCCCUGUAGGAAUGUUGUCUCGUGGACCGGGAUGAUUGAUGGGUACACACGCUCCUGUCGGUCUGUGGAGGCCGUUGCUCUCUUUCGCCGCAUGAUGGCUGAAGGCGUUGAUCCAAGCGAGAUAACUGUUUUAGCGGUUGUACCUGCGGUAUCAAAUAUUGGAAGGAUUCUUUUGGGCGAGGCCUUGCACGGCUAUUGUGAGAAGAAGGGUCUUCUUGUGUUGGAUAUCCGAGUUGGGAAUUCGCUCAUAGACUUGUAUGCCAAGCUUGGGUCUAUAAACAACUCACUGAAGAUUUUCCAUGAAAUGCUGGGUAGGAGAAACUUGGUGUCAUGGACAUCAAUAAUUUCAGGGCUUGCAAUGCACGGGUUGUCAACUGAGGCAGUUGAACUGUUUGCAGAGAUGAGAAGAGCUGGAAUCAGGCCUAACAGAGUCACCUUCUUAAGUGUUCUCAAUGCUUGCAACCAUGGCGGGCUGGUCGAGCAAGGAGUACUGUUUUUCAGAAGCAUGGUUUAUGAAUACAAUCUAACUCCAGAGAUCAAACAUUUUGGUUGUAUCAUAGACAUGCUAGGGAGGGCUGGACGAUUAUGUGAGGCUGAGCAAGUAAUAAGUGGUCUGCCUAUGGAGGUUAAUUCAGUUGUGUGGAGGACACUGCUGGGUUGUUGCAGUAAGUAUGGAGAAGUGGAGAUGGGGAAGAGGGCAAUGAAGAAAAUACUAGACAUUGAAAGAGAAUCUGGAGGUGAUUUUGUGGUGGUAUCCAAUAUGCUUACUGAGCUCGGUAGGUUUAGUGAUGCUGAAAGAGCACGAAAGCUAGUAGAUGAGAGAAAUGCUGUUAAGGUUCCUGGGCUUGCUUUGGUUGAUGAGAGUCAGUAAUUCAGAACCAAAUCAUGGGAAGAAGCUCCAUGCAGUUUUAAGAGUUUUUGUUCCAUCAUUACAAUUGUCUCCCUGCAUUAUACCAAAUGCGAUUAGAUCUUCCUACUUUAUGAUGUGUUGAGUGACAUGUGCCAUACUGCAUUUCCCCUCACUGAUCCACUGUUCAUGAAAAAAAUCCAGUUUUCUUUCAGCAUUGUAAUGAUGGAAGCCAUAAAGAAGCUUCAUGGCCAUCUCAUUGUUUCUGGUCUGUACAAUUGCCAAUAUGCAAUGUCUAAGAUUCUCAGAUUCUAUGCUAUUCUACAACCAGAUUUGGCUCUUGCUCAUAAAGUAUAUGGGCAGAUUGAAGCACCAACAACUUACCUUCGGAAUAUCAUACUCAGGGGGCUUGCUCAAAGCGAUGCACCAGAAGAUGCAAUUGCUUUCUACAAGAAGGCUCGAGGAGAAGGUAUGGAGCCGGACAACCUGACGUUCCCAUUUGUAGUGAAGGCUUGUGCAAGGAUUAGUGCUCUUAAGGAAGGGAAACAGAUGCACAACCAUGUACUGAAAUUCGGGCUUCUUUCGGAUAUCUUCGUUUCCAAUUCGCUGAUUCAUCUAUAUGCUGCCUGUGGUGAUUUGUGCUGCGCAAGAUCUGUUUUCCAUGAGAUGCUGGUUAAGGAUGUGGUGUCCUGGAACUCUUUGAUAUGUGGAUACAGCCAGUGCAAUAGAUUACAAGAGGUCUUGAAGUUAUUCAGGUUGAUGCACGGCGAAGGAGUGAGAGCUGAUAAGGUCACUAUGGUCAAGGUUGUUUCUGCGUGCACUCGUCUAGGAGAUUGGAGCAUGGCAGAUUGCUUGGUCAAGUACAUAGAGGAUUACUGCAUAGAGGUGGAUAUCUACUUGGGCAAUACUUUGAUAGAUUACUAUGGCAGACGUGGGCAGCUGCAAUCGGCUGAAAAGGUUUUCUUCAACAUGAAGGAUAGGAACACCGUGACAAUGAACGCAAUGAUCACCGCAUAUUCGAAAGCGGGGGAUCUGGUCUCGGCAAGAAGGUUAUUCGAGGAAAUUCCUAGCAAAGAUCUGAUCUCAUGGAGCUCUAUGAUAUCCGGCUAUUCACAAGCCAGUCAGUUCUCUGACGCCUUGGAACUCUUCAGGCAGAUGCAGAGAGCCAAGGUGAAACCGGACGCGGUCGUGCUCGCGAGUGUACUCUCUGCCUGCGCGCACCUAGGCGCUCUCGAUCUCGGCAAGUGGAUCCACGACUACGUGAGGCGACACGGCAUCGAAGCCGACACCAUCCUGCACAAUUCUCUGAUCGACAUGUACGCGAAAUGCGGAAGCACCAAGGAGGCGCUGCAGGUCUUCAGAGAAACGAAAGAGAAGGACACCCUGUCAUGGAACUCGAUCAUAAUGGGGCUGGCGAACAACGGCUCCGAACACGAAGCCCUGGGCGCCUUCCGCGCCAUGCUCGCCGAAGGGUUCAGGCCGAACGAGGUCACCUUCCUCGGUGUGCUGAUCGCGUGCGCCAACGCGGAGCUCGUCGAGGAGGGGCUCGGCCACUCGAGAGCAUGAGGUCGGUCCACGGCGUGGAGCCGCAGAUGAAGCACUACGGCGUCGUCGUCGACCUCCUGGGGCGCGCCGGUCGGCUGACGAAAGCGCUGGGGUUCAUCGCCGAGAUGCCCGUCGCUCCUGAGCCCGUCGUCUACAGGAUACUGCUGGGGGCGGCCAGAACGCACGGUGAUUUGGGCGUCGCCGAGGUGGCCGCCGAGAGGCUCAGGGAGCUGGACGGCGGGAACGGCGGGGACUACACGCUGAUGAGCAAUGCGUAUGCGGGGGCUGAUAGAUGGAGCGACGCCAUGGAGGUCAGGCAGCGGAUGGAGGAUAGGCGUGUGAGGAAAUUGCCCGCUUGCAGUGUCGUCGACUGCUGACACUGCUAGCUAUAGAGUGAUGCUCGGGUCCAUGGACCGAGAGAAUGAUGUUAAUUACUCUGUAGCCAAUUUUGUCAUAACGAUGUGAAUAAUGCAAAGCCAGAAAAAAGGAUGCACGCCCGUAGGCACACAUUACUUUUAUUUAAGGAUACAUGGAUGAUAUGACAAACAACAGAAAACAAAGAGAAUACAAGCGGUUGUACACCUG